AUGAUGAGAAAACUCGCACCCACCGGAAUCGCUGCUGCUGAAAUUGGCGGCAUGACAAUCCACUCAUUUUUAGGUGAACAACGUAAUUCGGGAAAGCCGCGCACCAUCAAACCAGGUGAUUCUAAACUUGAAAACCAAUGGAGACUGGUUGAAUAUCUCCUAAUUGAUGAAAUGAGCAUGGUUGGAUUAACUCUACUUGCAAAACUCAAUCGAAUUAUGUCCGCUGCCAAACAUGUCGAUCCUCAAAUUCCAUUUGGUGGCAUAAACGUCAUAUUUUUUGGUGAUUAUUUACAAUAUCGACCAGUAUAUGAUGCACCGUUGUACACUGACUUUUCACAGCCCUCUAAAAACAAAUCAGGUCAAUUACUUAGUGAAAAAGAAAUUCAACAACGCGCUGCACGUUCCCUGAUACUUCAAAUUAACUGUGUGAUCAAACUUAAUCAACAGAUGCGAACAGAAGAUGAACGAUACCGUGAAUUACUCGAACGCCUUCGUCAAGGUGACUGUACUUUGGGGGAUUAUGAAUUACUGUUAACACGCGUCGUUGGCCAGCCAUCGGUCAGUUCUCUUCGCGAAUCACCAUGGAACGAAGCUCCCAUUUUAGCAUACCGAAAUGAAGUACGAACACAACUAAACAACAAAGCAGCAGUUCACAAUGCAGCACAACUAGGUCUUCAGCCAAUGGUAUGUGUCGCUCAAGAUACCUGCAAAGGAAAACCAAUUGAAGAUUCUAUACUGAUGAAAAAAUUAUUGGAAUUAUCUGACAGUAAGACCGAGCACUUACCUGGUUUGUUGCCAUUUGUUCCUGGGAUGCCAGUUAUUUUAACACAAAAUCUUGCUAUUGAACUGGGUCUUAUUAACGGCAUAAAUGGAAUAUUUCGACAAUUAGUCUACGAGGCUGAUUCUGUGUCAACAGAUGCUCUAUCAAACACGUUUCCGAAUAAUACACAGUACGUGCAUCGACCUUUAUAUGCACUAAUUGAAAUUGCUAGAUCGAAAAUUGAAUGUAAUCUUGAAACACUUCAACCAAAAAUCGUCCCAGUACCGGUAAUGGAACAAACGUUUCGUUUUGACGUUACUGACAUUCUUCCAAAAAAUAAAAAAACAAAAUCGAACCGGAAAGCAAUGUUGUCAAUUAAACGACGUGCACUACCACUUGUAUCUGCUUAUUGUAUUACAACACAUAAGAGUCAAGGUCAAACUUUGAGUAAACCCGUGAUUGACCUUAAACUGCCGAAUGAAACUGAAGAUAUUGCCGCUGUUUAUGUACCGCUAUCACGUUUCCAACGUUUCAUUGAUGUAGCUAUUUUACGGCCUUUCGAUUACGAAGUUCUACGAAUCAAACCAAGUAAAUCGCACGUUGCUGAAAUUGAAAGACUUGAUAAAUUGUAUAUUGAUACUCAACUUCGAUUUUCUGAGUAUUUUCAAUAA